CGAGGCGGGGCUCAGUCAUGAUGAAACUUGGACCAACAAAUAUCUCUGGAGACGUGGUAGCAAUAAUAAUUAAUCUAGCUAGAUGAAUAUAUCAGCUCAAUGUAGUAAAUGAUGAUCGAGGAAGAACCAUACUGUAUUUGGGAGAAAAACAACUACAUGGGUCGCAAGUGGAAGUAAUCUAGGAAGGCUUCCAGUCGACGACUCGGCUCAUAACAUUGAUCGUUUUUUUUGGGCCAUAUCAAGACUUUAUGAGGAAUUGCACGGACGUUUGCAGUGAAAUUGCUUUUUUUCUCAAGCCAAAAAGUGUGGACCCGACGCCACAAUAUUAUUUUCUUACGGAUCGUCGACUCGUAUUGGCAGGCAUGCCAGAGUCUUUGGUGAUAUGCGGUUUUGUGCAAUUAGCUUAAGUUGGCUAGCUAGCUAUUGUUUUCCUUUCGCGAACUGCUCUGUCUUGCCAAACACAUUUAGUAAUAUAUUAUUCCAGAAAUGCUACAAAAGUCUACUGCAGUUUGCUAACUACAUUAGUAUUUCCAAAAUAAUAGAAGAGUGGACUUUGCAUAUGAGCAUUACUUUAUCUACAAAGUGACGUUGCAACUUGGCAAUAAUAGCUAGCUAGUUUAACUUUACUUGCUAGUGUGGUUUGGCUAGUUUGACUGCUCUCAAAUGAUUACGCUAACGCGUUCAAUGUUGGCUACUUACGUUACUACAGCAAACACCUUGGUACAGUAAGCUAGCUAGUUUUUCGAAUUGGCUGGUUGGCAGUGCUGUUCAAUGUCAAACUGGAGGAGAACCUAUCCAUCUUAUUUGAACGCUUUUGGGAUACACUAUUUUUUUAUUUGUACGAACAACAUUUUCCCCCUUUGCCACAAUGUUCAAGCUUUGUCUUCAGAGAACUCUAGGAUACACAGUCUCGGCAAGAGCAGUGCUGGAAAGUGUCACUGCCGGAAAGGUUUUGAAGGUGUCCCACGUGCAAAGCUGUUGGAUGGGAACGCUCGGACUCAACGAGCAGCGGGAGCACCUGAACUCUCCAAAAAGAGCAAAAGAAUUCAUCUACAGCCUUCACCCCAAAGAAAGAACAUGUUUACUCAAAGAACUGCAGAGCUUUGAGUCCAUAGCAAUAGCACAAGAGACGCAAGAGACUUCACCGCUUACUCAAGCUCAGAUCCGAUACGUGCUCCUACACAAUGCAAUCCCCUUCAUUGGUUUUGGCUUCCUGGACAAUGCCAUCAUGAUUGCGGCAGGAACCCAGAUUGAGUUGUCUAUAGGGGUCACCUUUGGACUAUCGACCAUGGCAGCUGCAGCUCUUGGGAAUCUGGUUUCAGACCUGGCUGGCCUUGGUCUUGCAGGAUACGUGGAAAUCCUAGCUUCCAGGCUAGGAAUGCAGGUUCCUGACUUGACCCCCAAGCAGGCAGACAUGUGGCAGACCAGGGUUAGCUCGCACAUGGGAAAAGGCAUUGGAGUCACAAUCGGAUGCAUUCUCGGAAUGUUCCCCCUGCUAUUCCUAGGGGAUGAAGAUGAGCACAAGAAAAAAGAAGCACAAACAAACACCCCAAACUCUUAACAGCAUGUAAACAAUUUUUUUGGUCUUGCGUCAAUUGCAACAAGCAUCAGCAGCAUGAUUUUAGUUGAUCUCUAUCUCUGAAAACCUUCUCUAUUUCAUUAUAUAUGCCAUUUACCAGACGCUUUUAUCCAGUGACUUAGUCAUGGGUGCAUACAUUUUACGUACGGAUGGUCCCGGUAAUCAAACCCACUAUUAUGGCACUGCAAGCGCCAUGCUCUACCAACUGAGAUACCAGAUAAUCUUCUGAAAAUGUAUUAUGAGCCAUUAGGCUUAUAAAGUAGUUGCAUUUGAUGGCAAGGUAUUUUCGCAGGAUGGAUUUCGUUGAUGGGUUGAACCUUUGUUUGAGAUUAAGUUAAACCAAUGUACACUACCGGUCGAUAGUUUUUGGAACACCUACUCAUUCAAGGGUUUUAAUGAAAUGUUUUACUAUUUUCUACAUUGUAGAAUAAUAGUGAAGACAAACUAUGAAAUAACACAUAUGGAAUCAUGUGGUAACCAAAAAAG